AUGAUACAGAUAAAAAUGUGGAGAAGCCUAAUUAAAGCAAUUGUAAUUUGGAAUAUCGCAAUAAUACAAACUAAAGAACCAGAGCUUCCACCGUGUCCAACGAAUAUGCAGUAUUUUCCACAAAAUCUGCCGAUGCACUGCCGUAUGCCAGCUGGUUCUCCUCCUAGAAUGCCACAAAAUCCAUUAGAAAAACAACAACCUUUACCAAUUCCUAUGCCAGGUUUCCCAAGUAUUCCAGGUAUGUCAGGGCUCCCAGGAUCAAUUCCUACAGGUAUCUCAGGUACAAUGUCUGGAGGUAUGCCAAUGCCUAUGCAAUUGCUACCAAUGCCUUCUGCUCCAGCCCAAAAACUGCCAGUUAUAGUAAUGCCAUUUUAUUCACAAGAUACGUCUGCAAAAACAGCUCAACCUCAGCCAAGGCCACCAAAUUAUAAAAAACAUAAAAGUUCUCGUAUUAAAAAAAGACCUAAGCAUUAUUAUUCUGACGAAGACAGCUCAGAUACUGAUACGUCCACAGACGAUUCUUCAGACACUUCAGGUGGAGGAUGGUGGAAAGAGUCCAGACAGAGUAGAAGAAAUAAUCGUCACAGAUCUAAACGGCGAAGACACCAAAAUCAAGCACUGCUAACGCCAGUGCUCCAGUACGUCACGAAAGAUGGAUAUGUUAUAUAUGAAAAACAAAUUUCCAAAGGUGAAGCUAAAGAUUGGUUGGGUAAUAAAAAUGAUAACAGAAAUGAAGUAGAAACGGUCACAAACAAACAUGAGUAUGAAUUAGAAUCACAUGAAUCGAAAAAUGAAGUAGAUACGAGGUUUUUAAUCAAAGAAGAAGAAGGCGCGGAAGUCACGACGAAAGCCCGGAAAGAUCCACAAGCUGUUCAUAAAAAGAAACAUUCUAAAAGGAAAAUUACCAAAGCAAUAAGAUAU